GGCGGGGGCGCCUCUUCCCGGCCCGCCGUCGCUGUCGCCACCUCGGAGCCGCGGCCCGUCGCCGUCGGGGGUCUCGCGAUGGGCAGCAGCGCCCUGGACCUGGACAAGCACCGACUGGCGCUGCUGGCCGCCAAGAGCGACGUGGUGAACGGCCGAGCGGCCGCCAGCUGGGCCCUCUUUGCCUACGAAAAGGCCAACGAAUUGAAACUCCUGGACUCAGGGGGAGGCGGCCCCGAUGAGCUGGCCAAGCGCUUCCAAAGUGGGCGCAUCAUGUAUGGACUGUGCCGCCUCUUGGAGCCCACCGCAGGGGUGCCACGCAUCGUCCUGAUCCACUGGGUCGGCGAGAAAGUCCUGGACUCGCGGCGAGAAGCCUGCGCUGGGCACCUGCCGGCCAUCCGGGCCUUCUUUAAGGAAGCCCACCUGGUGCUGAAGGCCAGCCGGGUGGAGGAGGUGAACCAGGAAAAGCUUACCUGCCGGCUGUCCCUGGUGGCCCCCCCAGAACAGCCCCCCCAAGAAGCUGCCUUCCCUAAGAAGGACCUGAGCGGAGACCCUGAGGAACUGGUGGGGACCAACUACCAGAAAACCAACGCCGUGCUGGAGAUCUUGCACACCAAGAGGAGCUCCUUCUGGGCGCAGGCGGAGAGGGAAGAGGAGGAGAGGCGCCAGGAGGAGAAGAGGCGAGCCCAGGAGGAGAGGCGGCACUGGGAGCGCCUGCGCAUGGAGGACGAGCGCCGGGAAGCAGCAGAGCGGGAGCGCCGGGUCCAAGAGAAGGAGAGGCUCAUCGAGGAGCACAGGAAGCAGCAGGCCCAGCGGGAGGCAGAAGAGCACCAGUGGGAAGAGGCCCGGCGGCGGGAGCAAGCAAGGGCCUUGGCUGGGACGAGUCCUCGGAGCUGGGCCAGUGAGGCGGCCCCGGAGGAGGCGGGGCCAGGUGUGGAGCAGCCACCCAGGAGGGGCUUCUUCCAGACGAGAGCACGGCUGGGCUCCUCCUCCGCCUUGGGAGACCCAGGCCCAGGACUGCCUCGGCACCCUUUCCUCCGCUACCAACGCAGCCUCACGGAAUCCGCUUACAUCUUUCGCCGCCCCGCAGAACCGGACCUCCCGGGCAGCUUCGAGGCUUCCGUGGCUCCCCCCGUCGGCCCCAAGCCCGGCGCUGCCCCCAAGCCAGCCUCGCCCCCCGCCAGCACCCCGCCUGCUCACCGCCAAGCAGCGUCAGGGCCACCGCCAUGCACCCCCCUCUGCCCGCCCCCUCCAGCCCUCGCCUGUGCUUUGAAUGGCACCCCGGCCGAGCCUCCCCACCUGGCCCCCUCGCCUGAAUCGGAACACUUUCCGGGACAGGAGAGCCCCCUUUUGACUCCUCCGGGCUCCUGCUCCCCCGCUGCGGAGGAAAUUCAGGCCCCCGGCCAUGCCCCAGAGGGACCAAUGUCCCCCGGCCCAGCCCAGCCCACCAAUGGAAGGGCAAUGGACUGGGAGGAGCUGCUCAGCCCCACAGCGAACUCUCCCCCGAGGGCUGGUCUAGGGGAGACAGCCCUGGAAAAAGGUGCCUCACCAGGACCUGCUCCAGGCCAGGCUGGGUCCGUCCUGUCUUCUGGGCACAGAGGAUCAGAGAGAAGCCGGGGCGAGCAGGGCAACUGGCCCCAGGAUGGGCGCACGGCGUGACUGUCCGGCUUCUGCCCACUCAGCAGAGCAAGGGAUUCCUGCUUGGAGAAGGUGCACUGUCCUCGCGCCCGAGGGAGGCCCCCACCUGCACCUGCCUGCUCACCUGCAGCCAGACCAGAACAGGCUCGCUGUGGUGCCUUCACACUGGCUUGGGUUUGCCUGCUA